AUGGAUCCAUCGAAGCGCAUCUGUCUCAAGAACCUGCCAGAGGGGUGCACCAAGCGCGAAAUCGCCGAGCUGGUGCGCAACCGCACAGGCACACCGAUCCACAGCAUCGACCUAGGCCUUGGCGCCGACGGGAAAACGCGGCGCUAUGCCCAUUUUUCCUGCGAGGGCGCAAAGCAUGUUCUGGAGGUGCUGAGCGCUGGAGUGACGUUGCGCGAUUCCACCAUCUACGCUCAUCCUGCCAAGUCGCACUACUCGUUCCGCUACGCUGAGGCCCGCCGCAAGCGAGAGCGAGAGGAAGCGGAGGAAAAGGCGCAGCUAGAGGCGUUUUGGGCUGCCGCGAGGCAACGUUUUUUGGACCGCACUAACGGUGGAGAGCUGCCCCGGAACAAAAUUCCCAAAGACUUCUACGCGGCAAAGCGGAAGUAUGCGCGCAUUGCGGCCGAGAUUGCCCAAGUGUCGCGCAACGCGCACGCCGCCGCCGGAGGUGACGCCGCCUAUGCCGAGCACCCACGCGGCGCCGCCCACGCGGCACCGUUCUUCUCAGGCGCAGACUGUGGCACGAAUAGUGCUCCUCGGGCUACUUCCAAGAAUCACGCCACCUCAGGUGGUGGUGACGCCAACGCAGCAAAGAAGUGCGCAUCGACGCUCACUGCUGCCAAGUCUAAAGCACUUGCUGCCGUACCACCACCGCCGCCGCCGCCGGAGCCUACGAAAGAGGAGCGAAAGCUGAGCGGCCUCCAGGCGAAGCUAGCUGCGCUUAAGGAGAAGCUGAAGAAGUGA